AGCAACCGCGUGGUGUCUGAGCGUGACGUAGACGGUAUCCUGCGCCUAACCAUCCGGCACGUGCGGGAGGAGGACGCGGGGUCCUACACUCUGAAGGUCUGGAACGACUACGGCCAGGCCGCGUCCAUGGGCAAGCUCGUCUGUGAAUGUAUAUCGAAGAAGGCCCGUCGGCCCGUUGGCGACGAGUAUCAGGGCUGGGACAAGAUGAAGAGGACCGGAAUACCGGUCCCGUUACCAGACCGUCCCUAUAUCAGCGCUCUGUCGGACCGACGGGUGACGGUCUCGUGGAACCCGUACAUCGCGCAGGGACCUCAGCCGCCCGUCACGUACCAAGUGGAGAUGUGCGAGAGCCCCGAGGGCGACUGGUUCACGGCCCGUUCUGGCAUCAGGGGCACGGCGGUCGACAUCACCAACCUCGCCCCCAAGACCCCUGUCUCUUAUACACAUCUCGCCGCCCUGAGGUAUUCGCGGCUCAGACAAUAUUUUCUGUUGGAGCUCGCGGCUCCGGGACUUCAGGUGCCAAUCUUCCUCAUUCGUUAA